UAUCACCUCAACAUGCACCAACCAUACUGACAUGUUUGUUCAAUUAGUUCCAGAUAAUUGCAAUUUUGUGGUUUAAUCUUCUGCAGUUUUGGGGGGAGGUGCUGUUCGGAAAAAUGAAUGGUUGGAGUGGUUUAAUCAGAAGAUCCUUUUCUCUCUCUUUGGCAAGCCUUCAUCGUCAUUCUUCGUCUGCUGUUUACGUCAAUGAAGCGGAUCCAUCUUCACUAGCUUUAUGGAAGUCUGCCAAACCAUUUAAGCAAAUUCCUGGCCCCAAAUGCUAUCCAGUGAUUGGUGCUCUUCCAACUUUCCUGACAAGGAUUACUAAGGAGAGACCAAUAGGAAUUGUAUCUUUGGACUGGUUCAAAGAGUAUGGCUCACUUUAUAAACUGAUCAUACCUGGUAUGAGCCCAGCUUUAUUUACAACUGAUCCAGAUGUAUUCAAAGUAAUGGUUCAGAAUGAAGCCAGCAACAAAUAUCCUUUAAGAGGCUUUGGGUUUGAAGACAAACUUGGUUGGGUUAGUCAUAAAAUUGAUGUUCCUCCAUUCAUGUUCUUCACUGGAGGUCAAGAGUGGAAGACACUUAGAUCUGCAAUGGCGAAACCAGCAACACCUCGUAAAGUAGCGACCUUCUCUAAUCAGUUGUAUGAUGCUGCUCAGGAGCUAGGAACUCACUGGUUGAGUAAGAAAAGUAAAGAUUUUUAUAUCACUGAUAUACGAGAUGAUUUACAACGAUGGGGACUUAAAUGCGUAGUUUGGUUUGUGUUCAAUAAAGAUUUGCCAGUUUUUGAAGAAGGGAAUCAAAUGGCUGAUGAUUUUGCUAAAGCAGCAGUCAAUUUCAAUAAUAACAUAGGAAGUAUGUUACAAGCAUUACCACUGUAUAAGCUGUAUCCUACUGCACCAUUUAAAAAUUUUAAAAAAGCAGUGAAUGAUAUGCAUGCUAUUGGAGAAAGCAUGAUGAAGUCCCGUUUCAAACAGCUUCAGAAAUUAGCUCAGGAAGGAGAAGUACUUAAUGAGGAAAGGGUUAGCCUAGUGGAGCAUUUGCUGAUAAAGGAAAAGCUAACUAAAGAGCAAGCUCUCUCGCAAGCAUGUGAUUUGCUUUCUGCUGGCGUCGAUGCCUCAUCUAACACAGCAGUGUUUCUACUCCAUCACAUUUCUAAGAAACCAGAACUGCAGCAAGCAUUGUACGAUGAAGUUACUAGUGUCUGUGGUUUAAAUGGAGUACCUGACUUCAACGAUUUCCAAAGGAUGCCUCUAGUCAGGAACUGUAUCAAGGAGACACUACGACUUUAUCCAGCAGCACCAAUUCCAAGACUGGCUCAAACAGACAUGGUUAUUCAUGGCUACAAAGUUCCAAAAAAUACUUCAAUAAUCUUUGAGCUUUUUUUGAUUGGAAGAGAUCCAAAACUCUACCCUAAUCCAGAGCAUUUUAAUCCUUAUCGUUGGGAGGGAAAGAAGGAGCAAGAUGGUCUCGUUACAUUUGGUAGUCUCCCGUUUGGUGCUGGUGUCCGAAUGUGUUAUGGAAGGCGUUUAGCUGAGCUAGAGCUUCACCUUUUAUUGGCUAAUAUUUGCAGAAGAUUUGUCCUUUCUACUGACCAGUCUUCUUCACUUGAGCUAUCAAAGCUGCUUGCUUUAAAAUCAAAAAAUCCUGUUAGACUUUGUAUAAAAGAAAGAGAGCAUGUCUAACAUCUACUUUUAAAAUUUUUAAGAGGCUGUGAUUAGUAAUUAUUUUCUAAUUUUGAUUGUGUCAUUUAAUUGUACAAGUCAUUUACUAGGCUAAUAAAUCAAAAGAAUAAUAUGAAUAAUUUUGUGAGGCUUUUACUCUCGGUUUGGUUUGUGAUUUAGUUUUUUUACAAUAAUAAUAAUAA